AUGGAUUGCUCUCGGCACCGUGCAGGAAACGGCAAUGAGCAGGCUUCUUCUCGAGAGCGUAGUCGUGGUGAAGAUGAGAGGCAACGGCAGCUGGAACGCCUCAGUAGAGAGGAGGCCUAUUACCAGUUCAUUAAUGAGCUCAAUGAAGAAGACUACAGGCUAAUGAGAGACCGCAACUUGCUUGGCACUCCUGGGGAAAUAACAGCAGAAGAGUUGCAGCAACGCUUGGAGGGAGCUAAGGAACGUCUGGCAUCACAGACUGAUCUGGAUAGCAGAGAAGGUGAAGAUUCUGAUGUCCUUGGCGAAAACUCGAAUGGUGACUCUUUGCUUGAAUGGUUGAACACGUUCCGUCGCACAGGAAAUGCCACUCGCAGCGGACAGAGCGGGAACCAAACCUGGAGAGCCGUGAGUCGAACAAAUCCAAACAGUGGAGAGUUUCGAUUUAGUCUUGAAAUCAACAUAAAUCAUGAGCAUAACAGUUUGGAAACUGCUGGUGAGGAGUAUGUGGGUAUAAAUAGUAACAGAAUGUAUUUAGAAAGAAGACAUCAAAGAGCUGUCAGUCCAGUAACCCCACGAACGAGGAGCAGGUCUCCGAGAGAGGCAAACAGUGAGGCUUCCAGUACUGCAAGGACCAGGUCUUUAAGAAGUUCCAUGGUGCGAAGCUCUGAAGCAGUCUCCGAUCCAGUUUCAGCAAGGCUCAGGAGCAGAACAAGGGAGUUGGCAGGACUUUCCCAAACACGUACUACACGUAAUAGUUCUGCAGCUGCCAGUGAACAAAGAGAAAUGCCAGAAAGAGGUGCUUCUCCAGGAGUCCGAAGAGGUAGAGCUACAACUAAUGUUCGGAUGAGUACAAACCAAAGACUAGAAAUUCUGCGGCUGAGGUCUACUUUAAGUAGUCAAAGCAGAUCUCCGCUGCAAAGGCGAGGUGAUACUGCUCAUUCUGAGGAACGUGGGCAGAGGCAGGAUAGAAAUGUGCAGCAGGUCAGCAGAAGUAGAAGACAAACAGCUCAGCCUUCUCCCCAGCCUGCCGAAGAAGAAGCAAGAGGUAAUGCUCAAGCUCCUCAACUUUCCAGUGUAGCCCCAUCCUCAGGAGUAAAUUUGGAAGAGGAGGAAUCUAGUAGGCCAGUAGCUGCUGUUAGAAGGCAUCCAACAAUUACAUUGGAUCUUCAGGUGAGAAGAAUUCGUCCUGGAGAAAACAGAGACCGGGACAGCAUUGCUAGUAGAACUCGUUCUAGAGUAGGAAUGGCAGAAAACACAGUUACCUUCGAAAGUGACAGUGGGGGAUUUCGUCGCACGAUAUCACGCUCGGAACGUGCGGGUAUUCGAACCUAUGUUAGCACUAUACGGAUACCUCUUCGUCGGAUUUCAGAAACAGGGCUUGGUGAACCUUCGUCGGUGGCUCUUCGAUCGAUCCUUAGACAAAUUAUGACAGGCUUUGGAGAACUGAGUUCUUUAAUGGAAACGGAAUCUAACUCAGAAGUGCAAAGAGGCAGCCAUCACUUACCAGAUGUACAGGCAGAGCAGAAUAAUAGGAAUGAUCCAAGUGACGUUUUAACUAGAAAUGGGCACGCAGUAGGAGGCGGCAGGGAAACAAAUGGACAGAACGAUGAUAUUCAACGCUACGGUAGCAAUAAUGAAAGCCAAGAUCACAGGCAGUCUCAGGAUGCUAACAACGUAGUGGAAAAUGGGACGCUGCCCAUACUUCGGCUUGCCCACUUCUUCUUGCUGAAUGAAGAUGAUGAUGAUGAUCGUUUAAGAGGUUUAACCAAAGAGCAGAUUGACAAUCUUUCUACGCGGAACUAUGGGGAUGUUCAUGCUGAAAAUGAAAUCAGUAAAACGUGUAGCGUUUGCAUUAAUGAAUACGUAACAGGGAAUAAGCUAAGGCAGUUACCUUGUAUGCAUGAGUUUCAUAUUCAUUGUAUUGAUCGCUGGCUUUCUGAAAACUCCACUUGCCCAAUUUGUCGACAGCCUGUGUUGGGGUCCAACGCCACAGACAAUGGCUAA